CCUCUUCCCCAGCAGCUGCUGCUCACUCAGCUCUCAAACCAGGGCCAGGGGACCAGGCAGAGCGACUCUGAGAAGCUCCUGAGAAGUGGAUUCGCUCGGGGCCACCACGAUGCCGGGGGCCGCCGGGGUCCUCCUUUUCCUGCUGCUCACUGGGGGCCUCGGGGACAGCCAGGAGCAGCGACUCCCACAGCGUCGACAGCCACAGGCGCAUCAGCAAAGAGGUUUAUUCCCUGCUGUCCUGAAUCUUGCUUCCAAUGCCCUCAUCACAACCAAUGCGACAUGUGGAGAAAGAGGACCUGAAAUGUAUUGCAAGUUGGUAGAGCAUGUUCCUGGGCAGCCUGUGCGGAACCCCCAGUGUCGAAUCUGCAAUCAAAACAGCAGUAAUCCAUACCAGAGACACCCUAUUACGAAUGCUAUUGAUGGAAAGAACACUUGGUGGCAGAGUCCCAGUAUCAAGAAUGGAAUCGAAUACCAUUAUGUGACAAUUACACUGGAUUUACAGCAGGUGUUCCAGAUUGCUUAUGUGAUUGUGAAAGCAGCUAACUCCCCUCGGCCUGGGAACUGGAUUUUGGAACGCUCACUUGAUGACAUCGAAUACAAACCCUGGCAGUACCACGCUGUGACGGACACAGAGUGCCUGACCCUCUACAAUAUUUAUCCCCGCACUGGACCUCCAUCCUAUGCCAAAGACGACGAGGUCAUCUGCACCUCAUUUUAUUCCAAAAUACACCCUUUAGAAAAUGGAGAGAUUCACAUUUCUCUGAUCAAUGGAAGACCAAGUGCUGAUGAUCCUUCUCCUGAACUGCUAGAAUUCACCUCUGCUCGCUAUAUCCGCCUGAGAUUCCAAAGAAUCCGCACCUUGAAUGCCGACUUGAUGAUGUUUGCUCACAAAGACCCAAGAGAGAUUGACCCCAUUGUCACAAGAAGAUAUUACUACUCAGUCAAGGAUAUUUCGGUUGGAGGGAUGUGCAUCUGCUAUGGUCAUGCCAGGGCUUGUCCACUUGAUCCAGCGACAAAUAAAUCACGCUGUGAGUGUGAGCACAACACAUGUGGCGAGAGCUGCGAUCAGUGCUGUCCAGGAUUCCAUCAGAAACCUUGGAGAGCUGGGACCUUUCUGACGAAAACUGAGUGUGAAGCAUGCAAUUGCCAUGGAAAAGCUGAAGAGUGUUAUUAUGAUGAAAACGUUGCCAGAAGAAAUCUGAGUUUAAAUAUACAUGGAAAGUACAUUGGAGGUGGAGUAUGCAUUAACUGCACACAAAACACUGCUGGUAUAAACUGUGAGACAUGUAUUGAUGGCUUCUUCAGACCCAAAGGGGUAUCACCAAAUGAUCCAAGACCAUGCCAGCCUUGUCAUUGUGAUCCCAUGGGUUCCCUGACUGAAGUCUGUGUCAAGGAUGAGAAAUACGCUCGCCGAGGUCUGGCACCUGGAUCCUGUCAUUGCAAAACUGGCUUUGGAGGAGUGAGCUGUGAUCGGUGUGCCAGGGGCUACAUGGGUUACCCAGACUGCAAACCCUGUAACUGCAGUGGUUCAGGGAGCACAAAUGAGGAUCCUUGUUUUGGUCCCUGCAACUGCAAGGAGAAUGUUGAAGGAGGAGAUUGUAGUCGCUGCAAAUCUGGCUUCUUCAAUUUGCAAGAGGAUAACAGGAAAGGCUGUGAUGAGUGUUUCUGUUCAGGGGUUUCAAACAGAUGUCAGAGUUCCUACUGGACCUAUGGCAAUAUACAAGACAUGAGUGGCUGGUAUCUGACCGACAUCUCUGGCCAAAUUCAAGUGUCUCCCCAGCAGGACAACUUCGUGUCGCCUCAGCAGAUCAGCAUCAGUAACGUGGAGGCCCGGAGAGUCCUGCCAGACAGCUACUACUGGAGUGCUCCAGCUCCAUAUUUGGGAAACAAACUCCCAGCCGUAGGAGGACAGUUGACAUUUAUCAUCUCAUAUGACCUCGAGGAAGCGGAAGAAGAUACAGAGUAUGUUCUCCAGCUGAUGGUCCUCUUAGAGGGAAAUGGCUUGAGAAUCAGCACAGCCCAAGAAGAGGUGUAUCUUCAACCAUCUGAAGAACAUGUCAGCAUGUUAGCACUUAAAGAAGAGUCAUUUGCCAUACAUGGCACAAAUUUUCCAGUCAGUAGAAAGGAUUUUAUGACAGUGCUUGUGAAUUUGAAGAGAGUUCUCAUACAAAUCACAUACAACUUUGGGAUGGAUGCCAUCUUCAGGUUGAGCUCUGUGAAGCUUGAAUCUGCUGUCCCAUAUCCUACUGAUGGAAGUGUUGCAGCUGCUGUGGAAAUCUGUCAGUGUCCACCAGGGUAUAGUGGCUCCUCUUGUGAAUCUUGUUGGCCUCGGUACAGAAGAGUUAACGGCACCAUAUUUGGUGGCAUCUGUGAACCAUGUCAAUGCUUUGGUCAUGCAGAAUCCUGUGAUGACAUUACAGGAGAAUGCCUGAACUGUAUGGAUCAUACAGGUGGCCCCUAUUGCAAUAUAUGUCUUCCUGGUUUCUAUGGUGAUCCUACUCAAGGAACUGCUGAAGAUUGCAAGCCCUGUGCUUGUCCGCUCAAUAUUCCAUCCAAUAACUUUAGCCCGACCUGCCAUUUAGACCAGAGUCUUGGCCUGAUCUGUGAUGCAUGUUCUGUUGGGUACACAGGACCACGCUGUGAAAGGUGUGCAGAAGGCUAUUUUGGACAACCCUCUGUACCUGGAGGAUCAUGUCAACCAUGUCAAUGCAAUGACAACCUUGACUUCUCCAUCCCUGGCAGCUGUGACAGCUUGUCUGGCUCCUGUCUGAUAUGUAAGCCAGGUACAACAGGCCGGUACUGUGAGCUCUGUGCUGAUGGAUAUUUUGGAGACGCAGUUGAUGCAAAGAACUGUCAGCCCUGUCGUUGUAAUGUCAAUGGCUCCUUCUCAGAGAUUUGCCACCCUGGAACAGGACAGUGUGAUUGCAGACCCAAUGUGCAGGGACGCCGGUGUGAUGAAUGUAAGCCUGAAACAUUUGGCCUACAAUCGGCCAGGGGGUGUGUUCCCUGCAACUGCAAUUCUUUUGGGUCUAAAUCAUUUGACUGUGAAGAGAAUGGACAGUGUUGGUGCCAGCCUGGUGUUGCAGGGAAGAAAUGUGACCGUUGUGCCCGGGGCUAUUUCAACUUCCAAGAAGGAGGCUGCACAGCUUGUGAUUGUUCCCACCUGGGUAAUAACUGUGACCCAAAAACUGGUCAAUGCAUUUGCCCUCCAAACACCAUUGGAGAAAAAUGUUCUAAAUGUGCACCAAAUACGUGGGGCCACAGUAUUGUCACUGGUUGUCAGGCUUGUAAUUGCAGCAUGGUGGGCUCCUUGGAUUUCCAGUGCAAUGUGAACACAGGCCAGUGCAAGUGUCACCCAAAAUUCUCUGGUGCAAAAUGUGCAGAGUGUAAUAGAGGUCACUGGAACUACCCUCACUGCAAUCUCUGUGACUGCUUCCGGCCAGGGACAGAUGCCUCCACCUGUGACUCAGAGACUGGAAAAUGCUCUUGUAGUGAUCAAACUGGGCAGUGCACUUGUAAGGUGAAUGUGGAAGGCAUCCACUGUGACAGGUGUCGGCCAGGGAAAUUUGGACUUGAUGCCAAGAACCCACUUGGCUGCAGCAGCUGCUAUUGCUUCGGUGUUACUACUGGGUGCUCUGAAGCAAAAGGACUGAUCCGAACGUGGGUAACUCUGAAGGCUGAGCAGACCAUUCUGCCUCUAGUGGACGAGGCUCUGCAGCACACAACUACCAAAGGCAUUGCAUUUCAACAUCCUGAGAUUGUAGCAGACAUGGAUCUGGUGAGAAAAGACCUCCACUUGGAACCUUUUUAUUGGAAACUCCCAGAACAAUUUGAAGGAAAGAAGUUGAUGGCCUACGGAGGCAAACUCAAGUACACAAUCUAUUUUGAGGCUCGGGAAGAGACAGGCUUCUCUACUUAUAAACCUCAAGUUAUCAUUCGAGGUGGGACUCCUACUCAUGCUAGAAUUAUCAUCAGGCAUGUUGCUGCACCGCUCAUUGGCCAACUGACAAGGCAUGAAAUUGAAAUGACAGAGAAAGAAUGGAAAUAUUAUGGUGAUGAUCCUCGAGUCACUAGAUCUGUAACCCGCGAAGACUUCUUGGAUACACUAAAUGACAUUCAUUAUAUUCUUAUCAAGGCUACUUAUGGAAACAUCAUGAGACAAAGCAGAAUUUCUGAAAUUGCCAUGGAGGUAGCUGAACCAGGACGUAUAACUGCAGAGAGUCCUCCAGCUCACUUGAUAGAAAAAUGUGAUUGUCCUGUGGGCUAUUCUGGAUUGUCCUGUGAGACAUGUAUGCCAGGAUUUUAUCGACUUCGUUCUGAACCACGUGGCCGCAUCCCUGGUCCCACCCUGGGAACCUGUGUUCCAUGUCAGUGCAAUGGACACAGUAGCCUGUGUGAUCCUGAAACAUCCAUAUGCCAGAAUUGUCAACAUCACACUACUGGUGAUUUCUGUGAACGCUGUGCUCUUGGAUACUAUGGCAUUGUCAAGGGAUUGCCAAAUGACUGUCAGCAAUGUGCUUGCCCUCUGAUUUCUCCCAGCAACAAUUUCAGCCCUUCUUGCGUCAUCCAAGGCAUUGAUGAUUACCACUGCACAGCUUGUCCACGGGGAUAUGAAGGCCAAUACUGUGAAAGGUGUGCCCCUGGCUACACUGGCAGUCCAAGCAGCCCUGGAGGCUCCUGCCAAGAAUGUGAGUGUGACCCCUAUGGCUCACUGCCUGUCCCCUGUGACCCAGUCACAGGACUCUGCACAUGCCGCCCUGGAGCCACGGGAAGGAAGUGUGAUGGCUGCAAGCACUGGCAUGCACGCGAGGGCUCAGAGUGUGUUUUCUGUGGAGAUGAAUGCACAGGCCUGCUUCUCGAUGACCUGGCUCGCCUGGAGCAAAUGGCCAUGAGCAUCAACCUCACGGGCCCACUGCCUGCUCCGUAUAAAAUUCUCUAUGGCAUUGAAAAUACAACUCAGGAAUUAAAGCACCUGCUCUCACCCCAGCGGGCCCCUGAGAGGCUUAUUCAGUUGGCAGAAGGCAAUCUGAAUACACUUGUGAUGGAAAUGAAUGAGCUUCUGACCAGGGCUACCAAAGUGACAGCAGAUGGUGAGCAAACGGGACAGGAUGCUGAGAGGACCAACACAAGAGCAAAGUCCCUUGGAGAAUUUGUUGAAAAGCUUGCCCACGAUGCAGAAGCUGUAAAUGAAAAAGCCAUAAAACUAAAUGAAACUCUAGGAACUCAAGACAAGGCCCCUGAGAGAAAUUUACAAGAGCUUCAGAAAGAGAUAGAUCAGAUGAUGAAAGAGCUGAGGAGGAAAAAUCUGGAUAAACAAAAGGAAGUUGCAGAAGAUGAGUUGGUAGCUGCAGAAGGCCUUUUGAAGAAAGUAAACAAGCUAUUUGGAGAGUCCAGAGGCAAAAAUGAACAAUUGGAGAAGGAUCUCAGGGAGAAACUGGCUGACCACAAGAACAAAGUUGAUGAUGCUUGGGACCUGCUGAGAGAAGCCACAAAUAAAACCAGAGAAGCGAAUCGCUUAUCUGCUGCCAACCAAAAAAUCAUGACUGCUUUAGAGGAAAAGAAGGAGGCAGUUCAAAGUGGCAAAAGACAAAUUGAGAACACUUUAAAAGAAGGCAAUGACAUACUUGAUGAAGCCAAACGACUUGCAGAUGAAAUCGGCUCAGUCAUAGAAUAUGUUGAAGACAUUCAGACUAAAUUGCCACCAAUGUCUGAGGAACUUAAAGAUAAAAUAGAUGACCUCUCCCAAGAAAUAAAGGACAGGAAGCUUGCUGAGAAGGUGUCCCAGGCUGAAAGCCACGCAGCUCAGUUGAAUGACUCAUCUGCUGUACUUGAUGGAAUCCUUGAUGAAGCUAAAAACAUCUCCUUCAAUGCCACUGCAGCCUUCAAUGCUUACAGCAAUAUUAAAGACUAUAUUGAUGAAGCUGAGAAAGUUGCCAAAGAAGCCAAAGGUCUUGCACAAGAAGCUACAAGACUGGCAUCAGGUCCUCAAGGUUCAUUGAAGGAAGAUGCCAAAGGCUCUCUUCAAAAAAGCUUCAGGAUUCUUAAUGAAGCCAAGAAAUUAGCAAAUGAUGUAAAAGAAAAUAAUGACCAUCUAAAUGAUUUGACAACCAGGUUAGAGAAUGCUGAAGACAGAAAUGGUGAUCUCCUGAGAGCUUUGAAUGACACUUUGGGAAAGUUAUCAGCCAUUCCAAAUGACACAGCCGCUAAACUGCAAGCUGUUAAGGACAAAGCCAGACAAGCCAACGACACGGCCAAAGAUGUACUGGCUCAGAUUAAAGAGCUCCACCAGAACCUGGAUGGCCUGAAGCAAAAUUACAAUAAACUAGCAGAUAGCGUGGCCAAAACGAAUGCGGUGAUAAAAGAUCCUUCCAAGAACAAAAUCAUUGCAGAUGCAGAUGCCACUGUGAAAAAUCUAGAACAAGAAGCUGAUCGGCUGAUAGAUAAGCUGAAACCCAUCAAGGAACUUGAGGAUAACCUGAAGAAAAACAUCUCUGAGAUCAAGGAACUGAUAAAUCAAGCCCGGAAACAAGCCAAUUCUAUCAAAGUAUCUGUGUCUUCCGGAGGUGACUGCAUUCGAACAUACAAGCCGGAAAUCAAGAAAGGAAGCUACAAUAAUAUUAUUGUCAAUGUCAAGACAGCCGUUGCUGACAACCUCCUUUUUUAUCUUGGAAGUGCCAAAUUUAUUGACUUUCUGGCUAUAGAAAUGCGUAAAGGCAAAGUAAGUUUCCUCUGGGAUGUUGGAUCUGGAGUUGGGCGUGUGGAAUAUCCAGAUUUGACUAUUGAUGAUUCACAUUGGUACCGUAUUGAAGCAUCAAGAACGGGAAGAAAUGGAUCUAUUUCUGUGAGAGCCCUGGAUGGACCCAAAGCCAGCAUUGUGCCUAGUACCUACCACUCAGUAUCCCCUCCAGGAUACACCAUUCUAGAUGUGGAUGCAAAUGCAAUGCUGUUUGUUGGUGGCUUGACUGGGAAAUUAAAGAAGGCCGAUGCUGUGCGUGUGAUUACAUUCACUGGUUGUAUGGGAGAAACACACUUUGAUGGUAAACCUAUAGGUUUGUGGAAUUUCCGAGAAAAAGAAGGUGACUGCAAAGGAUGUACUGUCAGUCCUCAGGUGGAAGACAGUGAAGGGACUAUUCAGUUUGAUGGAGAAGGUUAUGCAUUGGUCAGCCGCCCCAUUCGCUGGUACCCCAACAUCUCCACUGUCAUGUUCAAGUUCCGGACAUUUUCAUCAAGUGCUCUCCUCAUGUACCUUGCCACAAGAGACCUGAAAGAUUUCAUGAGUGUAGAGCUCAGUGAUGGGCACAUAAAAGUCAGCUAUGAUCUGGGGUCAGGAAUGGCUUCCGUUGUCAGCAAUCAAAACCAUAAUGAUGGGAGAUGGAAAUCAUUCACCCUGUCAAGAAUUCAAAAACAAGCCAACAUAUCCAUUGUAGAUAUAGAUACUAACCAGGAGGAGAACAUAGCAACUUCAUCUUCUGGAAACAACUUUGGUCUUGAUUUGAAAGCAGAUGACAAAAUAUAUUUUGGUGGCCUGCCAACCCUGAGAAACUUGAGUAUGAAAGCAAGGCCAGAAGUAAAUGUGAAGAAAUAUUCUGGCUGCCUUAAAGAUAUUGAAAUUUCAAGAACUCCAUACAACAUACUCAGUAGUCCUGAUUACGUUGGCGUUACCAAAGGAUGUUCGCUGGAGAACGUUUACACAGUUAGCUUCCCCAAGCCUGGUUUUGUGGAACUUGUUCCUGUGUCGAUUGAUGUAGGCACAGACAUCAAUCUGUCCUUCAGCACCAAGAAUGAGUCUGGGAUCAUUCUCUUGGGAAGCGGAGGAGUAUCAGCACCACCUAGGAGAAAACGGAGGCAGACUGGACAGGCCUAUUAUGCCAUAUUCCUCAACAAGGGGCGUCUGGAAGUGCAUCUCUCCAUGGGGACACGAACAAUGAGGAAAAUUGUUGUCAGACCAGAGCCAAGUCUGUUUCAUGAUGGGAGAGAACAUUCUGUUCAUGUGGAGAGAACUAGAGGCAUCUUCACUGUUCAAGUCGAUGAAGAUAAAAGACACAUGCAAAAUCUCACAGUAGAACAGGCUAUUGAAGUCAAAAAGCUUUUCAUUGGGGGUGCUCCACCUGAAUUCCAACCUCCCCCACUCAGAAACAUUCCUCCUUUUGAAGGCUGUGUGUGGAAUCUUGUUAUUAACUCUGUCCCCAUGGACUUUGCCCAGCCUGUAUCCUUCAAAAAUGCAGACAUUGGUCGUUGUACCCAUCAGAAACCCCUGGAAGAUGAAGAUGGAGGAGUUCCAGCUGAAAUCAUUAUCCAGCCUGAGCCAGUUCCCACCCCAGCCUUCCUUACUCCCAGCCCAGCUGUGGCACAUGGACCUUGUGCUGCAGAAUCAGAACCAGCUCUUUUGAUGGGGAGCAAGCAGUUCGGACUUUCAAAAAACAGUCACAUUGCAAUUGCCUUUGAUGACACAAAAGUUAAGAACCGCCUUACAAUUGAAUUGGAAGUGCGAACCGAAGCUGAAUCAGGCUUGCUUUUUUACAUGGCUCGGAUCAAUCAUGCUGAUUUUGCUACAGUUCAGCUGAGAAAUGGAUUGCCGUACUUCAGUUAUGACUUGGGGAGUGGUGACACCAACACCAUGAUUCCCACCAAAAUCAAUGAUGGCCAGUGGCACAAGAUUAAGAUUGUGCGAAUUAAGCAAGAAGGAAUUCUUCAUGUAGAUGAUGCCUCCAACAGAACCAUCAGUCCCAAGAAAGCAGACAUCCUGGAUGUUGUGGGAAUGCUGUAUGUUGGUGGGUUACCCAUCAACUAUACCACCCGAAGAAUUGGUCCAGUGACCUACAGCAUUGAUGGCUGCAUUAGGAAUCUUCACAUGGAAGAAGCUCCUGUUGAUCUUGAACAACCGACCUCUAGCUUCCAUGUCGGGACCUGCUUUGCGAAUGCUCAGAGAGGAACCUAUUUUGAUGGGACAGGUUUUGCCAAAGCAGUUGGUGGAUUCAAAGUUGGAUUGGACCUUUUUGUAGAAUUUGAGUUCCGCACAACCAGAACAACUGGGGUUCUUUUGGGAAUCAGCAGCCAAAAAAUGGAUGGGAUGGGAAUUGAAAUGAUUGAUGAAAAGCUUAUGUUUCAUGUGGACAAUGGUGCUGGCCGAUUCACUGCUGUCUACGAUGCUGGGAUCCCAGGAUAUUUGUGUGAUGGACGAUGGCACAGAGUCACAGCCAACAAGAUCAAACACCGCAUUGAGCUCACAGUAGAUGGGAACCAGGUGGAAGCCCAAAGCCCAAACCCAGCAUCUACGUCAGCGGAUACAAAUGACCCUGUGUUUGUUGGAGGUUUCCCAGCUGGCCUCAACCAGUUUGGCCUGACAACCAACAUUAGAUUCCGAGGUUGCAUUCGAUCCCUGAGGCUCACCAAAGGCACCGGGAAGCCAUUGGAGGUUAAUUUUGCCAAGGCCUUAGAACUAAGGGGUGUGCAACCUGUAUCAUGCCCAGCUGACUAAUAAAAAUAAGCUCAAAUCCCAGAAGCAUCUAUAGAAACAAGUAUAUUGACAAAAACAAAUCUGUUUUACCUAUAUAUAUUAAUACAACUAAUUUGUGCCCAUAUAUUGAAUUCUUUCUAUAUACAGAUGGUGCUAAUUCAGACCCCAGAUUGAAUUUCAGUUCAAGUUCUUUCUCAAGUUUAUGAAUAUUAAACCUACUAUUUCAUUCUAAAUAA